UCGGUGCCAACAGUCGGGGGGCGGGCCUAGGCCCGCCCGCCCCAGUACCCGCUGUAGGGCCGAACCCCACAGGUACUGACCGUUACCCCGCCCCUUCCCUCGCGAACCUGGGCUUAGCCCCGCCUCCCUGUGCACGAGGAGGGGGAGGGGCAGCUGGUGUGGCGGCGGCGGCGGCUUAGCGAGGGAGCGCGACGGGGAGCAGAUAUUGUAUUCUUGAAAAGAAGAGAAUGAACCUUAAAUUCUUGGACCACAAAGUGUAGAUUUGUUGAAGUUUUCUAAUGAAGAAUGGCAACUCCCUACGUUCCUGUUCCUAUUCCUAUAGGAAGGUCCUCUUCCAACUUUACAACAAACAGAAACCAAAGAAGUUCUUCCUUUGGGAGCAUCUCAACAAACUCAAAUUCUUCAAAAGGGCAGCUGGAGGACUCUACCAUUGGUAAUUUUAAAAAGAUGAGUGUGCCUGAACAGAUUGGCUCCACAUCAUCUAUAUGUAGUAGCCCACUUGUUAGGACUAAAUUUACAGGUGUGGACACAUCUGUUGAAUACUGUACUCAGCCUAUGGAAGAUGUUGAGCAAAAUACAGACUCUGGGAGCUGGGAAGAUCGACCUUCUACACCUACCAUACUGGGGUAUGAGGUGAUGGAAGAAAGGGCAAAAUUCACUGUUUACAAAAUACUGGUAAAGAGAAGUCCAGAGGAAAGUUGGGUGGUUUUCAGAAGGUACACCGACUUCUCCAGGCUUAAUGACAAGUUAAAAGAUAUGUUUCCAGGCUUUCGAUUGGCACUUCCACCAAAGCGCUGGUUCAAGGAUAAUUAUAACCCUGACUUCCUGGAAGAUCGACAGUUUGGACUACAAGCAUUCCUGCAGAAUUUAGUAGCUCAUAAAGACAUUGCUAACUGCCUUGCAGUGAGAGAGUUUCUUUGUUUGGAUGAUCCACCAGGUCCAUUUGAUAGCCUAGAAGAGAGCAGGGCUUUUUGUGAAACUUUGGAGGAAACUAAUUACCGUCUCCAAAAAGAACUUAUUGAAAAACAAAGGGAAGUGGAAUCAUUGAAGAAAUUAUUAAGUGAAAAACAACUUCAUAUAGAUACUAUAGAGAAGAGAAUUAGGGAUUUGUCUUUAGGAAAUGGGAAAAUGCGCAGAAUGUCAGGAGAAGAAAGCGAGUGCAGUGGUGAGGUGGAGUCUUCUGCAAUAGAAGCAGAUCAGGGCACCUUGGGAGAUGACAGCUGCUCUGAUAAAGAGAAUCAUGAGACGUGCUGGAGUGGCUCAUUGGCUGAAAACUCUGUACCAGAAAUUGAAGUUGCUGAAGUAGCAUAUACUGCUGAUGAAGAAGAAUAAAUUAACAGCAUCUGUCAUUACCUUCAAAAGUUUCAUAAUUCUUGGGAUAGACUAUUUGUAGGUAAAAGCAUGCAGUAGCUGUAAAGAAUUUACAGCAAAGAGCAAGAAUGCACACAGUUAUUGUUUACAUAAACAAAUCCUUACAAAUUAUUCACAUAGGAAAUAUACUCGUUGCUGCUUUGAUUCAGUUUUUAUCCAGCCUUUAUAUAUUUAAUAUAUUAUACAAUCUAAUUAGGGCUAAAUUCAACUAUGCCUAGAUUCUUAAAUACUGAACACAGAAGAUCAUGAUGAUUUGCUAGGGCGGUGAUUAAAGCUACGUAUAUGUAGUCACCAAUCACAUGUGACGUGUUAUGUAUUGCAUGUUGCUACAAAUGUGAUCUAUUUAAUGUGUUCAUCUGUUUGAUGUUUGUUUGUUUGUUUGUUUUUCAAAUUCUUAUAUAGCCAUAAAUUAAUGCUCAUUGAUGUAAAGAUGAACACAACUUGGGUUUAAAAGACUAUAGGAGCUACCAUGUUUUUAAAGUUCUAAAUGAAAAUCAUUUCUCUGGAAUUUUAAUGCAAUAAAAUAAGACUUGCAGUGACAAAAGAAAAGGAUUAAUGAAAUGGGAUUAUCAUUGGACAUUUUAAUAAAACAAACUUAGUCGUUGCUGAAAGGAGUGAGCCAUGGAAACCCAACACAUGAUGUAUGUUCAUCCCAUUGUAGCAUGCUGUAAUAAUUGAUUUAGUUCAGUAAUGCAUCUUUAAAAUCCCACACCUUUGUGUCACACCCACUUAAUGAUCAAAUCAGUAAUGUUGCCUUUUAUCCAGAACACUACCUCUUACCUUCUUGCUAAUGCAUACAUACUUUGGUUUUUUAAAAAAAACCAAUCUAGAUUAUAUGUAGAUGACUGAAUGACUUGUA